GCGCCGCUGCCUCAUGAGGCCGCAGGAGCCGCCGCCGCCGCAGGGCGGCCCCGCGCUGCCGGCGCUGGAGACGCUGAAGCAGCGGGCGUGCGAGAGCGUGGAGCUGAACGCGGCGCGGCUGGGCGCGCUGAGCCGCGACAUCUGGAGCCGGCCCGAGCUGGCCUACGAGGAGCACCAGGCGCACGACACCAUGACCCGGUUCUUCUCCAGCCGGGAGCUGCCGGGCGCCGCCUGGGCCGUGCAGCCGCGCUACGCGCUGGGCACGGCCUUCCGCGCUGAGUGGGGCACGGCCGCCCCUCGGGGCCCGGGCCCGCGGCCGCUCCGCGUCGCCUUCCUCUGCGAGUACGACGCUUUGCCCGGCAUCGGGCACGCCUGCGGGCACAACCUGAUCGCCGAGGUGGGGGCCGCCGCCGCCCUGGGGCUGAAGGCCGCGCUGGAGAGCCUGCCGCAGCCGGCGCCCGUCGCCGUCCAGGUCACGGUGCUGGGGACGCCUGCGGAGGAGCAAGGAGGAGGCAAAAUAGACCUGAUAAACGCCGGAGCGUUCGAUGGCCUGGAUGUGGUUUUCAUGGCGCACCCCUCGCAAGAAAACGCGGCUUACCUGCCCGACGUGGCCGAGCACGAUGUGACUGUGAAAUACUAUGGAAAAGCUUCUCAUGCUGCUGCUUAUCCUUGGGAAGGAGUUAAUGCAUUAGAUGCUGCUGUUCUUGCAUACAACAAUCUGUCUGUUUUAAGACAGCAAAUGAAACCGACCUGGAGAGUUCAUGGCGUAAUAAAAAAUGGUGGUGUGAAACCUAACAUCAUUCCUUCUUACACUGAACUAGAGUUUUACUUGCGUGCCCCUUCAAUGAAAGAUCUUUCUGUUCUGACAGAGAAGGUCGAGAACUGCUUCAGAUCUGCAGCACUGGCCACAGGAUGCAAAGUUGAAAUAAAAGGUGGUGAAAAUGAUUACUACAAUGUGCUUCCAAAUAAGAGCCUGCAGAAAGUUUACAAGGAGAAUGGAAAGAAGCUUGGAAUAGAAUUUAUAUCAGAAGACUGUAUCUUGAAUGGCUUGUCAGGUUCCACGGACUUUGGAAAUGUUACAUUUGUAGUCCCUGGGCUUCAUCCUUAUUUUUAUAUUGGCUCUGAUGCAUUGAAUCAUACUGAGCAGUACACAGAAGCUGCAGGGUCACAGAAUGCUCAGUUCUAUGCUUUGCGCACAGCAAAAGCUCUGGCAAUGACAGCGCUGGAUGUCAUUUUCAAGCCAGGUCUGCUAGAAGAAGUCAGGGAAGACUUCAGACAGGUGAAGCUAAAAGAAGAGGAGCAAAUAAAUCCAGUAGAACCUAACAAAGAAUCUAGCAUUGGCAUAGGAGCAUGUGCAUCACACUAAACUUUAUUAAACCUCUCUCAGUAGGAUUGACUUAAUGGAGAUGCUCCAUUUAAAUCCCAGAAGGGGCUGGAUAAACACAUAGCUGAAGAAAUGUUGAUUUUUCUUUUUGAACUUUAGGAGAAGCAAAUAGUAUCAUUGCUUUCAAAAAAUGUGCAGUUUGCUGUAUUCAAUAUGGUGAUGAAUUUCAGAGCGAGAUCUCAAAUAUGUUGUCUUUAAGUUGCAAUGUUGAAUAAAUGAUAGUGUUUAGAUCCCUUGUCAGUGAUUUUCUAUGUAUUGCUAAAGUAAUAUAGGGGAAAUACAGCAUUUACAUGGAAAUUUUUGUUCUAAAAUGAGCACUGUUCACUCGGUGAUCACAGGGGGAAUCUGGUCUAUGAAGCAUUUCUCUCUGGCCAGUCACUUUUUCUUGGGACAAGAUAGAGGCUUAAAACCUGAGCUGGUUUCAUUGGAGAGAAGGGUAUAUGUUUGGAAGCAUGCCUGGUUUUGACAAUAGUAGCUUCUAGCAAUGGAAAAGAACGGCUUGUAUGGAAAUGUGAUCUGUAAAGGUCGAUUGUCCUGAGAUGCACUGACCUUCCUCCUCAUAAAUUUUGGAGGUGUCUUGGAGAAGUCGUUGAUCAAAAAAAUUGGAGAGCAACUAAAUGUUCAACACAUUUAAACCACUGCAGGGAAAAUGCAAGUGCAUCUUUUUUAAGUUCUACUCUAAGGCAAUACAAGUAUCCACACAAGGUGUUGCACUAGCUAAACUGAUCUGAAGAGUAUGUAUAAACUUAGCUAAACUGGGGGAAAUCUUCAUAAAGAUUCAAGUGUGGUACUGUGAAGCAGUAAAUGAAGGUGACCUUGAACUGGUUGUGUGCAUACCCCUGUAGUAAGCUUUGAGAAGCUUGCACUGAGGAUUGCUUGUGCAGUAACUGGCUUCUCAAAUGUCUUUGUUCCCUUAUCCUAAGCAGCAGAUCUGUUAAGUCUUGCCAGUUGUCCUUUCUGUGUGUUGUGUGGUUAGUCUGUUUAAUCGUUGUUAUUUUGCUUCCCAGAGGUGUUAAUGUUGCAGAUUUUAUCUAGGUAGUGUUCUGUGUUUCCAGACGUGUUAGGAAUUUUUUUAAUUUGCUUUUCUUUAUUUCUUUUGUUCAGAUACAAAUUGCUGAGUCAAUGGACAGACUGAGUGGAAAAAGCAGCUUACUGGUUAACAUUUUCUAAGCAUAGGUAUUAUAGUAAGCCUCUGAAAAGAAAUCAGGCAAACUGUAUUCCCCAAGAAGUCAGAAUACCCAGGAUAAUUUCAGAAAUCUUGUUUUUAACAGCACGAGUUUCUAAAUGGUAAACUCUAGAAUUGGAACUCUCUGUAAUUGGAAUUUGUAUUUUAUUAAUUUCUAUAUUCAAUUUCUAAUUUUGGAAAAAAAGAGGUUCCUAAUCUUGAUUUAACUGUGCGCUGCCUCUGCAUUUCUGUGCACUCUUUAACACAGACCUCCAGCUGCUAUUUAAGAAUUCUAUUGAGACUUUCCCUUCUUAGAAGGCAAAAAGUGUGACUAGGCUGGCUUCUGUUUGUAUGUCACCUAGACAGUGUAGACAACAUAAUUUGACAGUUUUUAGGAUUUCUGAUACUUCAGCCUCUGUCCUUGUAGUAAUAGGACACAGACUAUCUGUUGAUACAUUAAAUGCUCAGUGUCUUUGGAAAAAGGAAGUAACUUGUUUAUCUGUUUGUGUAAGAACUAGAGGCACAAUUGUAGGGGUUUGUUUUGUGUUAUAAGCCAGUUAUUUGAAGAGUUGAGCAUGACCAUAAGUAUUCCAGGUUACAGGAUGGUCCUUACUUGCACUGGGAUCCUUGCUUUCAUUAGCAGACAGUUUUGACAGAUGAAUGCAUGAAACAGAUUAGGGUUGGACUCUGAGCUGUAGGUAUGUCCAGGGUAGUAAGUUGGAUACUAAAUCCAACUGAAAUUUGGUCCAAGGUUUGUCAAAGGAACUUUCUCCUUAACUUUUAAUGUAAACCCUGCUUUGCCAGGUCUCAGACACAAUUACAAUUCAUUAAGUUCUACUGGGUUAACAAGCUAGUUUAUGAACUUCCUUAGCAUAUGCAGCUUUUUAUUUCCUCCUGCAUGAACUGCUUAACUUCUUGCUUUGCUGUUUUUAAGACGGAGUGUUGGGAUCCCAGUGAUGGCAAUACAUGCUGUGUUGUUGUUUCCUACAAGCUGAUAUGCAUUACAGCCUUCUCAGUUCUCUUUGUCCAGUCUAGCUGGCUGUUGGCUGCAUCAUGUCCAAGAUCAUUCAAUUAAACAUUUCUGCACUAAAAGCAUAUCUUAUUUUUGUUGUAAUCAUCGCUGGAAUUAAAAUGAAACUGAAGUACGGAUUAAAGAGGAGUUGAUAUCAAUAAAGCAAUUUAAUUGUGACUGAA